AUGGGUGGUCAGCGGGCCCCCACUGGACCAAAGUUCAAUGGAUUAUUCGCCAUCGCACAUUACAUGUGUUAUAUGUACUACCGUAACUACGAACCUGUUUACAUUGAUCCUGUGGCGCUACAUCCCAUUAUUAUCGUAUAUAGGAGAUUAAUACCACAGAAACUGCUGGACGGCUUUCUUCUUGAUGUUAAACAGCAGCAGAAGAUCAACAAAAAGAAGCACAUUGAUGAUUAUGGAUUCAUGAAAAAUUACGUAAAAACGUAUACAAAACGGAAAGCAAUUUCUACUACUAUCCCACAUCGCAGCAUGAAAGGAGUUUCUAAAGUAUUUCGUCGCGUACAGACUCUCAUACCGAUGCUCAAUUUCAGCAUAAGUGAACCAUGGGAAGUGCUUCACUAUAAAAAAGGAGGUCAUCAUGGUCCGCACUAUGACUAUAUCACCUAUUCUUCACCGGAUCAGUAUAGCGAAAGAACACGGGAAUUCGGGAAUCGCUUUGUGACAUUUGCUCUCACUUUGAAGUCUCCCACACUUGGAGGAGCAACUACUUUUCUUUUACUCAAUCACACGGUGACAACCGAACCUGGAGAUGCGAUACUGUUCACAAACAUAAAAAAGGACAUGGCUCCGUCGCCGGGAUCAGUGCAUGCAGAAUGUCCAGUCGAAGAAGGCGAAAAGAUCACAGCUACACUUUGGCUGCGAACCAAAGGACAGGAGCUCUUCAAUUCGAUUCCUCAAGAUGAAGGGAUGUCUGACUAUGACAUAGAAAAGCUCAUCUCGCCCAAUAUGGAUUUCUAUGGGAAAAGUCCAUAUUACGACUUGUACGCUUAUCAACAGAUGAUGAUGGAAGAGUUUGCCCAACUACAAAUGCAAAGACAAGCAGGGGGAGAAUAG